UUUCUUUCUCUUUCUUUCCCUCUUGGAUUUAGGUCUUCUUGAUUGCGCUGCCAUCGCCACUAGCGCCGCGUGACAGGCGCAUGGAUCUCUAGCCGUAUGAAUGCGAUGCUUGUUCUAGAAGAGGUCCUCCUGGCUCAAGUGGGGUACUCGUGUCAGAUCGAUCGAUCAUCGCUAAGCUUCGAGAUUUAGGGCAACAAGGAUGGAGUGCUAUGUUGUGGUACACAAUGUCGCAAAGCGGCACAACAUCGGGACGCUUGCUCGCAGCGCCACGGCCUUCGGCGUUUCGGAGAUGAUCCUCGUCGGGAAGAAGGAUUUCAACAGCUUUGGCAGCCAUGGCUCCGCGCACCAUGUCCGCUUCCGGCACUUCCAUUCGCUCCUCGAGGCCAGGGAUUAUCUCAAGGGAAUAGGUUGUGAUAUCUGUGGAGUGGAGAUAACCGAGGGCGCUGUGGCUGUGCACAAGCAUCCAUUUCAACGUAGCACUGCGUUUUUGCUUGGUAACGAGGGAACUGGUUUAUCGCCCAAGGAAAUGGAGAUUUGCGACUUCUUCACCUACAUACCUCAAGUUGGCUCCGGCACUGCGUCGCUAAACGUUACAGUCGCUGCCUCGAUCGUCCUGCACCACUUCUCUGUAUGGGCUGGUUUUCCCGAACGUGAGAGAGACGGCCAGAAGUUCAUCGUUGCCGACCGUCCUGCCCGUCGCCAAGGCCUGAUAUGCUCAAACCCGGAAGAAGUCACUCAAGCGCGGCAGCAAAAGAAACUAAGCGGCUCCACCGACUGGCUAGACUCGGAAGAACAAGCUAUGGCUCCCGACGAACAAAGAAUCGCAGAAACUCGACUUUUCCAGGACUUCCAAGUAGGGUUCUUGGCAUCAGUGUGUGAUGAGGUGAAGUUCUCUCCGGCACUGCUUCCCAGCGAAUUAUGCCUGGACCAGGCCCUCACCUCAUGUACACACUUGCCAUGGGUACAGGAAUGAUGCAUCUCUCGCGAGGAGCUUUCACCUCGCACCACUGUCUCGUCUACACGCUCAAUGCGUUCCUCGGACCGGACUUGGGCUCCUUUUGCGAGUGGCUUGCACAGACGAGCA